AUGAGUUUACCUCCCAGGCCAGCCGGAUCUCGCCGCAGACCAAUUAGAAGGGAGUAUGCAAACGCAUUGGAUACAUACACGCCGGAAAGAGACACGCCCGAAGACACCGUAGACCAAAGUGAACCUUCGUCGGCACCUCCACCUACCAGACCGCCCAACCCGGGCCCCAAGCCAGCUAUAAGAACGUCGAACGUCUCAAGUUCGAGACCCGUAGAGACACAACAGAAUCCCCCCUCUUUCCAAGCUGCACCUGUUGCACAAACGAGUUCGCACACUGACCUCGCUUCUGCAAAGGACCCUUGGGACGAGGAGAUCGGAGACAUUCCUUGGGAUGACGAGACUGAGAAUUUGAACACUGAAGCUGAGCCUGUAAUUCCUCUGGACGCUGUACCCGAAAAGCAUGCCGAUAGUCAAACUGAACAUACACAUGGCUCAAUCGAUCAAGUCACUUCGCAACGCCCCACGGCCCAGCCGCUGUCCUCUAAAUAUCAACCUGCCACUCCAUCCAAACCGCAAGAAACUCCCGCCUAUCAACCGGAGUCUGAAUCGACUUACAUCAGCCAAGCAAACCAAGCAAACCAUGGCCCAUGGGCUGUGGAGCUGGCCAACGAGCCGGAUGCUUGGGAUCAGCAGGAAGACUUAGACUUGGGACUGGAUGUUUAUGAUGUUGAGGAGUCUCACGCCCUGAACGAAGCGGCUGCUCUGGCCGUAGCCGAGGAUCACACUGCUGUUGCUCACGACAGGUCUCACCAGGAACCAAGCGUUCCAGAACCUUUCCGAUCGGAUGAACACUACAAUGCUGAAGCACACCAAAACCAUAGACCACAAACGGAGCAACUGAACAAUACAAAUGAUCCAUAUGAGCCUCCUGCUCAAGAACAUUUCUGGGACGAGGACUUGAACGCGUUCGAGCAGGAUUACUCGAACGAGCAUGGCCCUUCCUUCUCGAAUAAUCUGCAUGAAAACCAAAACGAAAAUCGGCUCCAUGAUUCCAAAAUCCACCAUAGCGAUAGUCACCACAGCACUACCCAUGGGAGUUUCAAUUCUCACCCAGAAACCCAAGUCUCAAACAAUGAAACUAGUGAUUUCUACUCUAACAAUCAUGUAAUUGAAGGCGAAACUCCUCAACUCGCCUCAAGUUUACCUCAAUCAACGGACACAGUUGGCACUCACGAUACAGGCUUGGAUAGUAUGAUCGACAAUUUUGAAAAGUUCAAUGUUCACGAUCAGGGCAACAAUUUCAACUACAACCCUCUCACACCCAACAAUUUUGAGCAUCCGAUGAGCGAAAGGCAUCUGAUUGAACAAAGUGAGUCGAACGAAAACGACAGGGCGGCAGUACCUUCUGAGCCUCGCGAUGAUCUAUUUUGGGAAGAUGAAUCCUUCAAGCAAAACCAAAACACUGAAGAUCUUGACACUCUAAGCCGCAAGUACACAUUGGAUACAGAGGCACAUGAGCACAUUGAGAGUACAGAUUUCCACGCCGAAGUAAAUGGAUUCGAACACAAUCAAUUUGAGAAUCCACAAGAGCUACCAGAUCAGGAAAUUCCUCAAUAUGAAUUCCCGCAAGAAUCAAGGGCACAUGAUCACGCACAACCGGUGCAAACUAGCAAUCAUGCAUCAAGUGAUGGACCAGGUAUUCAAUAUCAGGACCAAACAAUGCAAAGUUCUGAAAUCGCUGAACAACCUUACAACACUCAUUACUCUUCGAACUCGGAGCAGAUUCAAGGCUUCGACGAUGACAUGCGCGCUCACCAGCACGUCCAAGAUGACUCUUACGAAGCUCAGGGGUACACAGGCUUUGGCAACGAGGAACGUCCAGGAGAUGAUCAAAAGCCUUCAUUAGAGCUACAAAGAGAUCAAGAUCACACUGUAAUUUAUUCUCCGGCGCAUAACAUUGAUCAGGAAAAUGCAUCAGCCCUUCCUGAGGCCUCAUAUACCGAUGGUGACAUGAAUAGAAUUUCAGACCAACCUGAGCAAAAUAACCUGGCAAUUCUGAAUCUCGAUGAUGAUUUCCUCUUAGAUGACGAGUUUCUUGAUGACGAUUUAUUGGAUGAUGAGUUCCUUGACGAUGAACUUUUGGAUGAAGAUCUCCAAGAGGAUUAUCUUAUGGAGGAAACUCAAUUUGUGACAGACCUGACUCACGUUUUUGAAUCGAAUGAGGUUCCUGUGGCUGAAACCGAAUAUGGAUCAUCCAAGUACGCUCCAGCCUCUGCCCCUGCUUCCACACAAGGAACUGCAAAUCCAGUGGCAUCAAACUAUACGCCAGUAUCAAGGUAUGCUCCCCCAUCCAAUUAUGCUCCCCCAUCCAAUUAUGCUCCCCCAUCCAAUUAUGCUCCCCCAUCGACUGGUUCUUCGGUACCAUUCAAUGCAGUUGGGCAUACGCAAGAGAGUAAAUACCAACCCUAUCAGUAUCCAUCCAACAACAUUGUUCCAAUGAAUCCUCAACCCGAAGAUACAGACGUGAGAGAGAAGUUGGCAGCAGAGAAGAAAAAGAACGAUGCCUAUGAUUUCCCUGCUGAGUUUGCUAGACCAGUGAAACCAGUCGCUAGAAGGAAGUCAACACCCCAAAUUGAUGCUUCUGUUCCUUCAGCUCCUCCCCCUUUGAAGGCUCCACAAAAUGAGCCAACAGUAGCACAUCCACCUGCAAAGCCAGAAAAGCAAUUCUUCGAAGAUUUACCAGGUGUGAAAGCGCCACCACCUAGGAGGGCUGCUCCCGUCAAGGUGCAAGAUGUGCCAACGAAACCAGAGCCUGUAGCACCCAGGAACGCUAAUCCUGUUGCUCCUCCUAAUCCAUAUGCAACUUUGUCAACGAAGACAUCGCAAAACUUUGCUUCUUCGGCAAAAUACCAGCCUUCUCAAGCAAUUCCAGUGAACACUUCUGCCCCACCACCCCCACUGGUGGCUAGUACAUUCCCAGCUCCACCACAACCAUUUCAAAACCAAGCACCAGUGAGUAACGUCAACGCGUUUGCGCCGCCGCUCCACAGCAAUGCUGGUAUGGGAGCUCCAGUACCUGGCCAAAUGGGAGCUGUCAAUGGCUAUCAAUCGGUCAACAACCAGUACAAUACAGCUUCCGUCGGCAUGCAAGGAUACAACAAUGGUGCUCAAUCGACUCAAGCAGCGGCAAAUCAAUAUAAUGGAAACGUUCCUCAGAGUAUACCAAUGCCUGCUCAGGUGUCUCAAAACGAAGCGAUGUUGCAGCCACAAUCCAGGUUUAAUGCUCCCCAACCGCCUCACUUAGCUCCUGGAAGACAACAGCCAACAAAUUAUCAGCCAACAGUCAAUGUGCAACCUCCGAACGCGCCACCCAAUGUCCAGAUACCUUUCCCAUCCGCGCAACCCCAAAGUAGCGAGUCGAAGCCGCUGCCAUACAAGAGUUCACGCCAUAGUGAUACCAGGUCUCCACAAGAUGCCUAUGUACCUCAUUCCGGUCGUUAUGGACCAUCACUGACUGUAUCGCAUUCUAGAAAAAGCUCAAUCUUGACUAAUCACAAGGAUGUCAACCCAUACGCUCCUUUAGAAACCGUUGCGCAGUCAGGCCCUGUUACCCACUUAGCACCCUCUUUUGCACAGAGACGUUCAAACACAUUGGAGAGGACGCAAGUACAACACAGGGUUGACCCUAGCACCUUCUUGCAUCGUCAAUUCCCUAUUUUUAGAUGGAAUUCUUCGGAUCAUGUUGUCACGGCUUUACCAAACAGCAAUCAGUUGCAUGGUUUCUCAACUGCUCUUCAGAUUAACAAAGUUGAGAAUUUGGUUCUCAAGCAGAAUUGUUUUAGUGACUUUCCAGGACCAUUGUCAAAGGCAAAAACAAAAAAGAAGGAACUUGAAGGCUGGUUAGCUUCGCACAUUCAAAAAUUGAGCGAAAGAGGAGCAUCACAUGAUGAAAUUUUGCUUGCAGAAAUUCUUCUAGUCCUAUUGAAAAAUGAUGCAAAGUUCUUGUCUCCAGCUAUGCAAAAGGAUUUGGCAAAUGUCCUUGCUCCUAACAUAGACUAUAGUCCAGACAAUGACAGUGGUUUUAAGAAUGCCAGGACAAAUGCUCCUAACGCAUUUAAAUUGGAUUCUGCUGGCUCCAAUAUCAUCUGGAACUAUAUCCAAUCAGGAAACACACAAUCUGCGUUAGAGUUUGCAAUUUCUAAAAACGACUGGCCACUUGCUAUUGUGAUAAGUCAGUCUUUGGGCCAAUCUGCGUUCAUCAAAACUUGUUCUGAUUAUGCUCGAGUUUGCUACCCUAUCCAAGCUUCUCAUGGCUCAAAGGCUCAACACAUGAUGCCUAUAUUGAUGAAGCUUUUUGUGGGAGAUGUGAAAGGAAUCAUUGAUGACUUCACAAAUAUCAGCAGUGAGGGGACCUUUGCAAAGGACUACUAUAAAGAUAUCAUUGCCGCAACUAUUAUCAAUGGUGCAUCACAAGAAUUUUUGGUUGAAUUCGGUAAGUUCUUGGGAGAGUGCAAGAAUCCUUGCGGAAGCGAACUCUGUUUUGCUAUUGCAGGAAUCUUGUUAUCUUCUAAACCAUUAACAAAUGGCGCUAUGUUCCCCGUGCUUGGAUCUUUCACACUGAGUUCCAUCUAUUCUGAAAUAUAUGAAUACGUCCUUCUGUCUUCGUCGGCAACCCUUCAAUCUCAAGCAGGGUUCCCACAUACGAUACCAAUGAAGAUCAAAAGGGCCCAAGAGCUUGCUGACUUUGGUGCUUUUACAGCUGCACGCAGAUAUUGUGAUUUCAUCGGCGGUGUACUCCGCGCGCAAGGUAAGGGUGCUUUCAUCACUGAGCCCGCCAGUGUUGACUUCAAGAGACUAAUGGUCAGACUCAGCGAGUGUUCUGGAUCAGACUCUGGCUGGAGAAACACUUUUAGCCUGGUGAAGCUUGAUGCCGUAUGGGGCACGCUUGAAAAGGUUAUUGGAGCAGAGCCUUCAGCCGCAAAGCCCGAAAAAGGUGUUUUUAGUAACUUCAGUCCAUCGGUUUCCCGUAACGCGUCUCAGCUUGAUGUCUCGCAGAUACCCAUCCACUCACAAAGAAGUGAUGGCCAUGUGCCACCAUAUUUUAGCACUAGCGCAACGCCUUCAGGUGUUUCGAGUCCACAAAGUAGACCACCGCAAAGCCGUUAUGCCCCUGCCUCUUUUGCAAGUGGGUCGUCGGGAAUGGUAUUGCAAGCAGUUCUCCAACCCGGUCUUGAAACCCUGGGAACUAAACCUGCUUCUGCGCCACGUGCUGUUUCCAGGGCUGCCUCUAGCAAUGAUGUUCUAACCUUGAACAAUUUCAGCCAUGGUCCGGGGCCAAACAAUACUAUUUAUCCAACUCAAGUCCGUAACACGGCCGCUCCAAGAUUGAACUCAAAUGCUCCACGUGCUUUACCAGUGAACAACCCUAUUUUGGAACCACAAGAAGCAGCUGGACAUGCCGUAAGAUAUCAGACACAAAACUAUGUGAAGAGAACCUCGAUUGCUUCGAUGUCCGACAGCGGAUCGUUAGUUCACGAACCGAUCUCAAGAACAAACGCUAAAACACAUUCUCGGGUGUCUUCUCUUCAGAGCGAUACUCAUGUAGAGGUUUCUGUUGCCAAGCUGAUUCAAAUUGAAAGUUCUCCUAUCUUUGAACAGCAAGAAGUGUCUACCUUGUCGGUUUUAUCACCUGAGAAACCACUCGAGGUGGGCAAGACUGAGUCAUUUGAGGCUGAGAAGCAGCUGACACCCUCUGAAGCUUUUGAAGCUGGAGAGGAAUCUUCCACAAUCCCCAACGGAAAUACUAUUCACGAGACCAGUCAGAAGCCAGCUGUGGACCCAGCUCCAACAGACGUAUCGAACGAUAAGCCAUCGGCUCCUCCGCCUCCAAGCGGAAGCGCAAGAAAGCCUCAGAAUACUCUGUCGGAUUACCCCGAGCUCUUACCAAUUCAAAGAAAACCUUUGAGAGCUCCUCGCGCACCAUCUAAAGGCAACCCAUAUGCUCCUUUAGAACAUUCUCCGGCUCCGCAAUCUGACAGAUAUGCCCCCAGAUCGUUGCCUCAAAAGGAGACUGCAAGUGACCAGUUGGAAGUACAAAAUCCUCUUUUGGAUUCAGAUUCUGGCGACAUUUCACGUAGUGACAAGCAACCUUUGGAAAGUGAGGAGCCUUUAGGCAACCAAACUGAUAUUUCUACAGAGCCAAAUACUGAAAUCGAGAAGGCCGACACAAUUGCAGAACCUAACAUGUCAAGCAACAUUGCCCCUCAAGAUUCUGUAAAUCCAGCACGUCUCCAGGAUCCGAAAUCUCUUGCGAUGAAAUCCCCACCUCAACCGGGUUCUGGACCACCAAAAGCGCAACGCAACCCUUACGCUCCUAUAGAUUCAGUACAACUUCCAGGUGGUCUGCUGAGGGCAGCUUCAAAACCAAGGUCUUACGCACCCACCACCUCGGAGAACUUACCUAGCAACCCAAGUCAGCCUUUAUCGAACGCAAAGCUUGCCUCGGCAAACCUAGAUAUUAGCUUCGAUACAGGUAUGGAUACCGAGGAGAAUGAUAUUGCCCCUCCGGCCAAUUUACUCAGAUUAAAUACAACUGAUGAUCCAGUGAAGAAUGACUUCCUGAACCCAUACAGCAAUCCUGUCGGAUCAGGAAAUGCUCUUGGCGAGUUCUCACCCCCAGCCACUCCAGACUACACCUCGAGAGCAAAUUCCGUCUUGGGUCAACAAGGCUUGUAUUCAAGUAAGUUGUCGCAGACCGCAACCUAUCACAAAAACUACGAUGUUGAGGAUGAUGUUGUUCCUGGCUACGAAUCACAGGGCGAGGAGGAUGAAGACGAGGUGAAACCCAAGAAGAAGAGCAUUCCGCAGAAAACUAAAGAACCAAGCAAAGGAUCGUUUUUCAGUUUGAAGAGAAGAGAUGGUGUUCCUAAGGCUGAGUUGGGACAUUCAAACUCAUUCUAUUACCUGAAAGAGCACAAGAAAUGGAUUUACAGAAACCCUGAGACUGGAGAAGAACAAAAGCCUGAGGAAGGGGAGGCAGUAGCCCCACCUCCCAAGCGGGCUCCAAAACCAAUGGCAAAUACCGUACCAAUGCCUUCUGCCCUGGCGCGCUUGGCCCCCGGUGGGCCAAGUAAACCUCCAGCCGCAAACGGGCCUCCUGGCGGAGGUGCAGCUGUGGGUUCAGCAUCGUCAAGCGGGAUGGUUCCAGGAUUACCUACCACCGGAAUGCCUAUAGCUGGGUUGCCUGUUGGCAGAGCUCCUCGCAAACAGAGAAGACAGUAUGUCAAUGAAAUGAUCACAAAAUCAUAG